ACUAAAGAAAAAUUAAAAGGAGAAAGAGUGUUUCCUCGUGAUCUGUGAAAAACAGACCCUUACGUGAAAACCCAGAUUGCCUUAAAGCCCUUUAAAAGCCUUUUUCUUCCAUCUUCUUCUUUUUCGUCGUUGAACAACACUGAUUAAAAGUUUACAUUCCUUAAAAAUAAAUUUUGGAGUAGAAAGAACAUAAAGAGAGAGGAUUUUGGGGGGAAAUAAUGUUUUGAUAUGUUUUCUUUUCUGGGAAAUUUGUUUCCUUCAGCUUUUUUAUGAAGAAAAAGCUUCAUUCAAAGGGUUGAGUUGCCAUAAUCAAAAGCUGUUUAUACAAUGGGGAAAUAUUUAUGACAAAAAUGGAUCCUCAGGCUUUCAUCAGGUUGUCAAUAGGCUCUUUGGGUCUGAGGAUUCCUGGAUCAGCCCUGAAAUCUUCAAAAACUGGAAUCCGUGCAUUCUCUUCACCAUGUUCAUGUGAGAUACGACUCCGAGGUUUCCCUGUGCAAACAACAUCUAUUCCCUUAGUGUCCUCGCCCGAAGCCACACCUGAUAUUCACAGCAUUGCCUCCAGCUUUUAUCUAGAAGACUCUGAUGUGAAGGCUUUGCUGACCCCUGGCUGUUUCUAUAACCCCCAUGCUUAUCUGGAGAUCACUGUCUUCACAGGGUGGAAGGGUUCACAUUGUGGUGUUGGAGUCAAGAGACAGCAGAUUGGGACAUUCAAGUUGGAGGUGGGUCCUGAAUGGGGUCAAGGGAAGCCGGUGAUUCUUUUCAAUGGAUGGAUUGGCAUCGGCAAAAACAAGCAUGAGGGCGGAAAACCAGGAGCUGAACUUCAUUUGAGAGUACAACUCGAUCCUGAUCCAAGAUACGUGUUUCAGUUUGAAGAUGUGACCAUGCUGAGUCCUCAGAUAGUACAGCUUCGAGGUUCCAUCAAGCAACCAAUUUUUAGUUGCGAAUUUAGUCGAGACAGGGUAGCAAAGGUGGACCCAUUAGGCACUUAUUGGACAGGUUCGGCUGACAGUUCAGACAUAGAGACGGAGAGAAGAGAAAGGAAAGGAUGGAAGGUGAAGAUACACGAUCUCUCUGGCUCGGCUGUUGCGGCAGCCUUCAUAACCACUCCUUUUGUUCCAUCAACAGGUUGUGAUUGGGUUGCCAAGUCCAACCCAGGAGCUUGGUUGAUUGUUCGUCCUGAUAUUUGCAGGCCAGAGAGUUGGCUGCCUUGGGGAAAGCUUGAGGCGUGGCGUGAGCGUGGCAUUAGAGACUCUAUUUGCUGUCGGUUUCACUUGCUGUCCGAAGCCCAAGAUGGAGCUGAGGUUCUCAUGUCCGAGAUGCUCAUUAGUGCCGAAAAGGGUGGGGAAUUUUUCAUUGAUACUGACCGACAAAUGCGGCAGGGACCAACUCCAAUACCCAGUCCGCAAAGCAGUGGAGACUUUUCAGCAUUAAGUCCGAUUGCCGGUGGUUUCGUAAUGAGCUGCAGAGUCCAAGGGGAAGGUAAGAGUAGCAAGCCAUUAGUGCAGCUAGCUAUGCGGCAUGUGACUUGUGUGGAGGAUGCUGCCAUUUUCAUGGCACUUGCAGCAGCUGUUGACCUCAGCAUUGAGGCAUGCAAGCCUUUCCGAAGAAAGAUAAGGAUAGGGUCCCGCCAUUCUUUAUGAAAAAAAAAAAAAAGAAUUAAGGUGAUGUAUUUCCAUGAACAAAGAAUGGCUCUAUAUUUGUGUUGAUUUGUGUAACAUUUGGCACUGUGUAUAGAUCUUGUGGUUGAUAAAUUCCUAGCUUUCAGACAUAACCAAA